CCCAGCUCCGGGACGCAGACGCCCAAGACCAAGGCUGUGUCAGAGAGCUCGGAAAGUGGCUGUGAGAAUCAGCUGGAGCGCGUCUUUUCCCUGAGUGCCCUGGACGCCCUCCUGCAGGACCCUUCGGGGAAGGCGGAGCUGCGGUCGCAUCUGGAGGCGGAGCUGAAGGACAAGCGGCCCAAGUACGCGAGCGCGAACUUGCAGACUCCGGUGGUCGUGGUGAGCUCGGAGGUGAACCCCUGGAGCAAAACGGGUGGCUUGGCCAUGGUGGCCGGGAGCUACGGCUACGAGUUCGCGAUGCGCGGGCACCGGACCAUGGUCGUCUCCCCCCGCUACGGCGACUACAAGGACGCCGUUUACGUCGGCUACUCCAAGGUGUGGCUGGACGGCCGGGAACACGAGGUGCGCUUCUUCCACCUCUUCCAGGACCUUGGGGAGGGCAAGGGCACGGACUACGUCUUCGUGGAGCAUGAGUGCUAUCACAGAGGGGGACUCUACUGCGACCGUGAUGGCAAGGAGUUCCCUGACAACUUGUUCCGCUACGCGCUUCUCACUGUGGCCGCCAUGGAAGCUCCCCUGAUCUUGAGCCUCCGCGGCUCCACCUUUGGUCAGGAUGUGCUCUUUGUGGCUAACGACUGGCAGACGGGCUUGCUGCCAGUGUACCACCUGUACAAGUACCGCCGAAAUCGAACGUACCUGAACUCCCGUUGCAUUUUCGUUAUCCACAACAUCGGCUACCAGGGCAAGUACCGUCUCAGCAAGUUCCCGCUGGACAGCUACUUGGGUCUGCCGCCAGAGGCCAUAGACCUUCUGCAGGGUGAGGACUUGAACCUGGGGGUGGAUUGCAUGAAUCUGAUGUCGGCUGCUAUCUUGGCUUCAGACCGGGUCUUGACAGUGAGUCCGAAUUACUCGACCGAGAUCCAAAGCCCAGAGGGUGGCCAGGGCUUGCACGAGAUUUUGACUGAGAAGGGCCGACAGAUGCGCAUGGCAGGAAUCUUGAACGGGAUCGCAGACGAGUGGGAUCCCAGAACAGAUCCCCAUAUCUUCCGGAAUUACGGGAUUUCAGAUGUGUUGGAGGGCAAGGCAGAAUGCAAGCGUGAGCUGCAGCGCAGCCUUGGACUCCACGAGGAUCCAGGUGCUGCCCUCCUGGGCUUCUGCGGCCGUCUCUGCUACCAGAAGGGUGUGCAUUUGAUCACGCAAGUUAUCCCGUGGCUCUUGACCUACGAACAAAGCGGCGUUCUGGGCCGAGUUCAGGUCAUCCUCAUGGGCAAGGGUGACGACAUGUACGCCCAGCAGCUCUCGCACGCCGAGAACUCCAACAGAGGCCGUGUGUGCGGCUACGUGGGCUUCGACCCGAAGGUGGAGCACCGCAUGAUGGCGGGCUGCGACUUCUUGCUGAUGCCCUCGCAGUACGAGCCCUGUGGGCUUCCGCAGAUGUACGCUCAGGCGUAUGGCACUGUGCCAGUGGUCCACGAGACGGGAGGUUUGAAGGACUCGGUGCUGGGCCUCUGGGACGAGGCGCGGGACCGGAGCACGGCCACGGGGUUCCUGUUCUCGGGCUUCGACGAGAACCAAUUCAUGGAGCGCCUUUACCAGGCUCUGGAGGUUUAUCACAAGAAGCCGGAACUCUUCAGGCAAAUCCAGCUGAACGGCCUGCAGAAGAAUUACUAUUGGCCGCAGGCCAUCGACGAGUACGAGCGGCACCUGGACUGGACGCUGCAGGGCCCCGCGGCGCUGGCCCCGUGA